GGAAUUCUCUGCAUGAUCCUGUGCUUUGCCCUAGGCAUUGCCAACUUGAUCACCAUCACUCUCCUCCUGAUUGCUUUUAGCAUCAUCUGCUUGAUUUCGUCAUUUUUCAUUCUCUUCCUUGAGGUGCCCCUUCUGCUCCGUAUCUGCCCGACAUCGGCCUCCUUCGACAAUGUUGUCCGCAAGAUCACCACCAACUACAUGCGCGCCGCAGCGUAUCUUGUCAUGGCCCUUGUCCAGUGGCUCAGCUUGCUCGUUGCCAGGUCGAGCUUGAUUGCUGCUGCUGUCUUCCUCACCAUUACCUCCGUCCUUUACCUCUUGGCGGGUAUCAAGGGCCAGGCCUUUGUUGGCAGCAAGACUCUUGGUGGCCAGGGUGUCGCCCAGAUGAUUGUGUAA